GGGGGCGCUUGGCCGCUUCUUGCGGCGCGCGGGAGAUGCUGCGCACAGGGUGGCCGGCCCGGGAGCGCGCUGUCCCCAAGCCCAUUGGUACUUCUGGUGGGGGAAGAAACGCCGGGCGGUGGGAGUGCCGGGGCGGAGGCAGGCGGUCCCUACCGCAGGCGCGCGGGGUGCUGCCUUUCCGCCCCUCCGCCCCGCUCUCCAGCGCUGGCUCCUAGGAGUGGCUGAGGCAGCCGAGCGCUUCUGGAAGCUGAAUGAACCCUCCUCCUCUCCCUCCUCCUCUCCCUCCUCCUCCUCCUUCUCCUCCUCCGCGCCCAGUCUCCUCCUCGGUGCUGACGGUACAGUGAUAUAAUGAUGAUGGGUGUCACAACCCGCAUUUGAACUUGCAGGCGAGCUGCCCCGAGCCUUUCUGGGCGAAGAACUGCAGGCGUGCGUGCGCACCCGCCGCGAGCCCCGGUGCGGGGGACACAGGCGCUGGCACCAAGACCCGCGGCCAGCCCCGCAUUCUCCCUCGUCGCCGUGCACCUCCGCACUGGUCCACAGGCCACCACGCUUCCUAUGUGACCCGCCCGAGCAACGCCGAGCCCCUUCGCGCAGCGCCGCCGCGGUGAAUUUCCCCCCUAAACUGCAUUACGCCUCCUUUGAAGGUCAAGAUGCUGAUAAAUGUGAAAAGCAUCUUAUGGAUGUGCUCGGCCCUGAUAGCGACUCAGGCACUACAUCAAGUCAAAGUGGAAAAGAGCCCCCCGGUCAAGGGCUCCCUGUCGGGAAGAGCCAGCUUACCCUGCCAUUUCUCAACCAUGCCCACCUUACCACCCAGUGACAAGGCCAGCGAAUUCCUCCGCAUCAAAUGGUCCAAGAUCGAAGUGGACAAACGCGGGAAAGACUUGAAGGAGACGACUGUCCUCGUGGCCCAAAACGGGAAUAUCAAGAUUGGGCAGGACUACAUAGGGAGAGUGUCCGUGCCUACACACCCUGAGGACGUGGGCGAUGCCUCCCUCACCAUGGUCAAACUGCGCGCCAGUGACGCGGGCCUCUACCGCUGUGACGUCAUGUACGGGAUUGAAGACACUCAAGACUCGGUGUCGCUGGCCGUGGAUGGUGUCGUGUUCCACUACAGGGCGGCCACCAGCAGGUAUACGCUGAAUUUCGAGACAGCUCAGAGGGCCUGUGUGGACAUCGGGGCAGUCAUAGCAACCCCUGAGCAGCUGGCUGCUGCCUACGAAGAUGGCUUUGAGCAAUGUGACGCGGGCUGGCUGUCUGAUCAGACCGUCAGAUACCCGAUCCGGACGCCCCGGGAAGGUUGCUAUGGAGACAUGAUGGGGAAGGAAGGAGUCAGGACCUACGGGUUCCGCUCUCCACACGAGACUUACGAUGUGUACUGCUACGUGGAUCAUCUGGACGGUGACGUGUUUCACAUCACUGCUCCCCAAAAAUUCACCUAUGAGGAGGCAGACGCAGAGUGUAAGCACCAGGACGCCAGGCUGGCGACGGUGGGGGAGCUGCAGGCGGCCUGGAGGAACGGCUUUGACCAGUGCGAUUAUGGGUGGCUCUUGGAUGCCAGCGUGCGCCACCCUGUGACUGUGGCCAGGGCGCAGUGUGGAGGUGGUCUACUUGGGGUGAGAACCCUGUAUCGUUUUGAGAACCAGACAGGCUUCCCUCCCCCUGAUAGCAGAUUUGAUGCCUACUGCUUUAAACCUAAACCGAAUAUAUCAGAGGCCACAACCAUCGAAUUGAACAUCCUCGCAGAGACCACAUCACCCAGUUUAUCCAAAGAACCACAAAUAGUGCCCAAGAGAACCACACCAAUCAUCCCUUUAGUCACCGAGUUACCUAUCCUUACAACAAAGUCCCCUCCUGUGGGAAGAGUAGUCAAUGUUGAACAGAAAUCCACAGCCCCACCUCAGGCUGUACCAGACAGAUUAUCCACAGGGCCACCCACACCUGGUGGGGGUACCAGGGAGCCCUGGGAAAUGGACUACUACUCACCUUCUGCUUCAGGACCACUUGGAAAGCCAGAGCUGUCUGACACGGAGGAAGAAGUGUUGCAGGGUACACAUGCCAUCCCCCAUCAUGCUACAGAUUCGUGGGAUGGUACCCUGGAAGACACACAAACACAGCAAUCAGUCACACAGAGUGAACAAAUAGAAGUGGGCCCCUUAGUAACAUCUACGGAAAUCUCAAAGCACGCUCCUGCCAAGGAGUUCUCUGUAAGCGAAACACCUUUUGUAUCUACAAGAAUGACCUUGGGAUCCAAAACCGAGAAGAAAACAGAAGGCACUCUUUCUGAAUCCAUGACCACAAGUCACGAUGGAUUCACCUUGGGCAAAGACAAUGGUGAAGACGGAGCACUCACAGCCAGGCCUGCCCAGAGCACCUUGGUCUUGAGCCCAAUACCCGAAGUCGUUACAGUGUCAAAGAUUUCGGAAGGCACCAGCCGCUCUCAGUUCCAGGACUUGGAGUCAGUCUCAGCCUCUACAGCUGUGCCCGACAGUGACAGACCGUCCACGGACAACUGCAGGGGGAAGCCCACUGAUGAUGUUGGCCAGUAUGUGUCCGCUACACCCUUCCCAUCAGUAGAAUUAUUCCCUUACUCCGGUGAUAAAACAGUAGAGGAAAUCCUCCCAGGGAUGUAUCUUCCCUCACAACCGGAAAUGACCCAAGGAAGAGAAAGAACGCAAACGCCAAGCCCCGAGAGAACAGUGGCUUACACAGGUGAUGGCGUACGAGAAGGAGAGAUCAGCAAAGCUCCAGGUAUGGGAGCAGCAGAGGAAGAAGGUGGUUUCUCAGGAAUGAAGCUCUCCACGGCUUCCUCAGAGCAAAUUCCUUUUACGGAGUCUUCCGUGACAACGACCAGAUCUUUUGGUGCCCCACCAUCGACAACCCCGUCCAGUGUGGCGCCGACAGAAGCGAGAGACGGGGAGGAAGAGUCCACGCAAACUGUGACUGGAUUGGAAGCAGAUGGCUCUCAGGUUCUCACGAAGCAUGAUGUAGACAGCACAGCGGUGCGUUUGACCGGCAGUACUUUCAACGUGGAGGUGGUCACGGUGUCCAAAUGGCCCUGGGAUGAGGACAACGCAACAUCGCAGCCUGGAGAGUCCACAGAACACGCCGGCUCUCCGGAGGGGCCGCCUGCUUUCCCAACCACGGUGGGAGUAAACGGGAAAGAGGAAGAAGCCCCAAGUCUCACUGAAGACAGAGACGAAUUCACUCCUGUUCUGGAUAGUACUCAAAAGCCGUUAGAAAAGGUUACUGGGGAAGAUGCUGCCGAUCAUGGGAAAUUCACAGUGAGAUUUUGGCCAACGACAUCAACUGGUCUUACAAAGUCAACUUUGACGGAUUCUGCAACCACAGAAAGAAUUCCACCUAUGACAAGCACAGAGGGCCGAGUUGUUUAUGCAACUGUGGAAGGAAGCGCUCUGGAUGAAGGAGAAGAUGUGGACGUGUCUAAGCGGGUGUCCACUGUCUCCCAUUUUGCACGCACUUCAGAUGGGCGAGGAUUGGCAUUUGUUAAUUAUAGUAGCACCCAGGAGCCUACCACUUAUGUAGACACUGCCCAUACCAUUCCUCUUUCUGUAAUUCCUGAGACAGAGUGGGGAGAGUUAGUACCUUCUGUUCCAUCAGAAGAUGAAGUUCUAGGUCAGCCCUCUCAAGACAUCAGUGUCAUUGAUCAGACUCACCUUGAAGCAACUGUGUCUCCUGAAACCAUGCGAACCACAACAGAAAUCACACAGCGGACCACUCGGGAAGAACAGACUACAGGGAAACAAGUUCCCGCCCUCAGGUCUACCGCAGGCACACCUGUGUCAACAGCAACCUUGUGGGAUGAACAAGAAGGUGAUGGAUCCACAUAUACAACCUCUGAAGACAGAUUGGUGACAAGUUUUGGGAGAGUCCCGAUUUUAGAAACAACUUCGGUUGGGAAACUUGAGCACGAUGUGUCUUACCCACCUGGUGCCGUCACUGAGCACAAAGCAGAAACAGAGGAAGUGGCAACCCUGACACCAAGGACCAGGCCAGAAGUGUCUGCAAGUCCAGGGCCUGAGCAAAAGUACGAAAUAGAAGGUAGUAGUCCACCAGAAUUUGAAUCACCUUUGAGUCCCUUUAGCACUAGUGUUUCCCAGUUUAUGGAGGAAACCACUACUAAGAAAAGGGAGGACAUAUCCGUGGAUUAUGUUGAUCUAGGCUCAGGAUUAUUUGAAAAGCCCAAAGCCACAGAGCUUCCAGAAUUGUUGACCAUUAAAACCAUGGUUCCGAGUGACAUCGCUGCUACAGUUGGUUCAGUAGACGGACCUCCAUCGACCGCAACAGCCAAGCCAUCGUCAGCACCCACGGAGAGACCGCCUCUCGUCGACAGGGAGCCCGGUGAAGAGGCGACCAGGGAGGUGGUGCUCAUCGGAGAGUCUACAUCUCACGUUCUCCCCACUACCCGUGAGGAUAUUGUGGCCAAGGAAACAGAAACCGAUAUUGAUAGAGAGUAUUUCACCACGUCCAGUGCUCCUUCUGCCACACAGCCAACAAGACCACCCACUGUGGAAGGCAAAGAGGCCUCCAGACCUCAGGCGCUUUCCACUCCACAACCCCCGCCGGGGACAAAAUUCCACCCUGACAUAAAUGUUUAUAUUAUAGAGGUCAGAGAAAAUAAGACAGGUCGAAUGAUUGAUUUGGAUGCCAUUGGUCAUCCAAUAGAUACAGAAUCUAAAGAAGAUGAGCCUUGUAGUGAAGAGACAGACCCAGAGCACGAUCUGAUUGCUGAAAUCUUACCCGAGAUAACUAACCUAAUUAACAUAGAUAUAUACCAUAGUGAAGAGAGCGAAGGGCAGGAGGAAGAAUGUGCCAACGCCACGGACGUCACAACCACCCCCUCAGUGCAGUACAUCAACGGGAAGCACCUGGUCACCACCGAGCCCAAGGGCCCAGAAGCUGCCGAAGCGAGGCGUGGCCAGUUUGAAAGUGUGGCGCCUGCUCAGAAUUUCUCAGACAGCUCGGAGCGCAGCCCUCAUGCGUUCGUCGGGGCUGAGAUUGAGUUAUCUACCGCCCUGCAACCCAACGACUCUGCAGAAGCCACCGAAUCGCUUGAAAUCACCUGGAAGCCUGAGCCGUACCCUGAAGGGCUGGAGCAGUUUUCAGGGGGUGAACCUGAUGUCUUCCCCAUGGCCCCGUUCCAGGAGGGAGAAACCACGGAGGGGGCAGCAUCCGUCUCGGAGAACAGUUUUGAACUUGAAAAUCUGGUACCCGAGCCUACGGAAGCUCUACUUCUGCUUCCGGAAGAAUCCUCGGGGGAGGCUGCCAUUGACCAAGUAUCUCCAAAGAUAGUCUUGGCGGGGACUACCGAGGAAACCUUUGCCAAAGGCACAGAGACAAGCACUUCUCUCACGCACGUUCCCAGUGUGGUUCCAGAUUCCGCGGCAGCAGAAGCGUCCAUCACCCUAACAGGAAACCCAUGGCCUGAUGGCCCACUGUCUACAAGAGACAGCUGGGUGGACACCACCCCCAGACAGAGCGUGGAACUGUCGGGGAGUCCUUCACCCCCAGUCUCAGAAGGCUCCGGGGAAGACACAGACAUGCUGCCAGAGCACACGUUCCCCGCGGUAACUGAUUGGCCACAGAGAAACGCUACGGAGUCGCUCAGUGCUUCAGAGGCUCACAAGAUAAUGCUCACAGAAAGUGUCGCGGAUGUGCCUGUGACCACCGUCUAUUUGGUUUCUGAAAGAGCUGCAGAGAUAGUCCCCACCCAGGCAGUAAGCGAAGCAGGGUCUUCUGAGGGGGUUUUCAGUACAGCUGCAGGGGGAAAGAGCAGGGAGGAAGAGGAGGAGGAGGAGGAGGAGGAGGAGGAGGAGGGAGCCACCCGUGCAGGUGCCACAGUUGAGGUGCAUUUACCCACGCAGAGGCCAGAGCUGGUAGUUUUGCCCUCACAGUCAGAAAGCUCCAAGACAGCCCCCACUGGCGAUUCAGCUGCAAGGGAGAGUGUCGUGUCCUGGACGACACCCGCAGGGUCUGCCCUUGACUUGAGCGAGAUGCGUGUUUUGGAAGAUGGGGGGGCACGGGUCCCCGAGGACAGCAGUGGCAGCCGGGAAGGGCUCACCGCUCCCCCGCAAGGCCCUGCGUCUCCUUUCAUGGAGCAGGGCUCCGGAGAUGCAGACGCCGGCCCCGAAACCACCACCAUGUCUUCAUUGCCCUUAGAUGUAGAAUCUGAAAUUCCAAGUGAAAAGGAAGCAUUUGGCACUUUGCCUACCCACGUGGAAACAGGAUUCUCCUCUGAGCCAACAGCACGAGUUUUGAGCCCUGGAAUCCACGGAGAAGUUGCUGAUGGUAUCAGCCCAACACCCAAGGAGAAGCCGGCUUCCGCAGGCUCAGGAAGGCCAAGUCCCAGGGCGGAGAUACGGGGCUUUGCCACAGGUGUUCCUCUGGAGGAGUUCAGUGGGGACUUGGGAGAGUAUGCAACAGUAUCUCAUGCCCUCACCCAAGAAGUGCUGGUGGCUGAAGGCUCGGGGGACGCGGUGUUUGGCGAUACUCUGACUUUCCCGUCUAUAGUGCCUUCAUCAGCUCCUGUCAGUCACACACCUGACUCAGCAAGACCCAGUAGCUCCGUCAUGAGCCCUUCAGCCCUCCCUUGGGAAGAGUUCCUGGCCUCAGGUGAGGGUUCGGGUGAGCGACAGGUCACAGCCGGCAGCUCUUCCGACCCAGUGCUUCCCAGUGCGGUGGGAAGCUUCUCCCAUACAGCUUCCCCAUUGGUUGACCGAGCCCUGGGAGGAGUGGGUGCUGCUGGAGGAGUCAAUGAGAGGACCACCGUUUUAGCUACAGCUGAAGGUACUGUAGCCCCCACAGCAGCACAGCGCACUGUGAACAUGGUCAGCGGCACAUUUCCCACGGACUCUCCCCAAACGGUGGAGCCAGCCAGACUGUGGUCCGGGCAGGAGGUUAGUUCUGCAAGACCAGGCGUUGACGGUGAAAUGGCAUCAGAGGAGAAGACCCAAGGACAGACGUCUUUGGAAUUCUCCCAAAGCUCUCCUGCACCACAACCAACAGAUUUUGAUUCACAAACAUUUACUGACAUUGAACUCCAAACCACGACGUAUUCUGUAGCAACAACAGAGCAAGCUGAAGGCAUAGACAAGGAAGUGGUGGAGAAAGGUGUUCCCUUAGUUAACACAUCGACGCCAGAGCCAGGGGCAGGGUACUCGGGAUCAGUCACCGCUCACCCAGUAGCUACUGAAAAACCACAUCUCUUCGCAGCUUCUGCCUCAGUGACUGAAUCGACACCAGUCAUCACAGAGUUGUCAAUCAAAGGGGAAGAAACUGUGACGCCAUUCCCGAAAGACCCGAGGCCAACAGUCGGGGAGUCAGAUGCUGACCUCUUGUUCUCGGGACUGGGGUCAGGGGAAGACAUGUGGCCUGCUCUCCCUACCGUGUCGGUGAAUUUUACAGAAAUGGAACAAAUCAUAAGCACUUUAUAUCCCCAGACUUCUCACGUGGAAAGUUCAGAAACAAGUGCCCCAAGUGAUAAAAUGGAAGACCAUGAGAGGUUGGAGAAUGUGGCAAAUGAAGUUGGACCACUCAUGUCUGAAACAGACAUCCCUGGGGGUAGGGAGGCAGCACCCCGCACGGACUUCGUAGAAAUUCUCAGUGGCCCUGGAGCAGAAAGACCCACCACGGCUCCACUCCCUUUCUCCACGGACAUUGACCACCCUCAGGGCCAAACUUCCGGAUGGGCAGAGGAAAUCCAGGCCAGGGGACCGCAAACUGUAACCGACCAGGUCUCCGCGACAGCAGAAGCUCAAAAAGCCGCAGCCUCGUCCACCAUUUUCCUCGCCCAAACGCCUGGUCUUGAAACGUCCCUAGAAUCUGUGACAUCAGCGCCAAAACCAUCUCAUUUGUUUUAUGAGCACUCUGGAGAGGGCUCUGGAGGACUGGAUGUUCUCGAUGUCGCCUACACUUCUGGAACUACGCAGGGACCCAGGCAAGGAAGCCCCACGUUUGCUUCUGAUGCGUCCCUAGGGACGCCACCCCAAGUGCCAACCACUGAAGCCAUCCCUGCUGGAGUCCCAGUGGUGUCGGAGAUGCUGCCUCGCUCAGAGCACAGCGGAGGUGCCCCGGAGGCCACGAGCACACGGCCAAGUCCAGCGUUGUAUGGGAGGUCCACUGAAGGGGCCGCCGCUGCUGUCCAAGGCCAUUUCCGGGGGUUCAAGGAGUCCACCGUGAAGCCUAACCAAAGAAAAAGCACGGCAAACAUUUUCAUCGAUAACAUCUUCAUGGACAAAGAGGACAAGGAUUUAAUCGUGACGAUCACAGAGAGUUCUAUCCUUGAAAUGCUGCCUGAGCUGACGUCGGAUAAAAACACCAUCAUCGAUAUUGAUCACACCAAGCCUGUCUACGAAGACAUCCUUGGGAUGCAGACAGACACGGAAGCAGAGGCCCCCUCGGGGCUGCAGGGCAGCAGUGAAGAAAACCCUACCGUUCAGGGGAAGCCCGAGGCAGCUCUAAACCUGUCGCUCGCCGGGGAGACAUCCGAGGGCUCUGGCGACACUCUCCUGGCUGUCCUCGCUCAGGCCACGCGCAGUCCACCCAGGGCUCCCCACGACGGAAGCCAGUUGGAUCACAGGGGCUCUGCCCUCAUGACUGCGAUCCCGGGCCCCAGCACAGAAACAGAAUUGGAGACUUUGCUUCCCACGGUGGCGUCUCUGCCCUUCCCCGGGGGGUCUGCCACAGCGCAUCCGCAGAGGGGAGAGCCAACCGCCGAAGCCACAGCCCUGGAUGACACCUUAGAGUCCAGCACCCUGUCCGAUGGGCAGGCUGUUGCGGACCAAAGCGAGAUGAUCGCCCCUCUGGACCAAAGGACACAGGAGGACUACGAAGAAAAGAAACACAUCGGGCCUUCUUUUCAGCCAGAAUUCUCUUCUGGAGCCGACGAGGCAUGGAUGGACCCCACUCCCUAUGUAAGUAUUGGUACAAGCCACCCCCUGGCUCAGAGUUUAACAGAGGCACCCAGUGUGGCCGAAGGAACCGCACCCCCACAGAGUUUAACAGAGGCACCCGGUGUGGCCGAAGGAACCGAGACCCCACCGAGUUUAACAGAGGCACCCGGUGUGGCCGAAGGAACCAAGCCCCCACAGAGUUUAACAGAGGCACCCGGUGUGGCCGAAGGAACCGCGCCCCCACAGCAUACCGAUGGCGCACCAGCAGCGUCAGCAUUUGCAGGGUCGACCCCUCAAGCACCCUCAUCCCCAUUCCCUGUCUACUCAGGCAGUGGCGCCUCUGAACACACAGACAUCCUCCUGCCAAGUGUGCUUCCAGGCCUGGAUGUCAGCUCCCUGCCCGUGUCCCCAGCGGAUGCUUUCAAGGAAGUCCAUGAAGGUAUUGAAGUGACUUUCAAACCGUCCAGUGAAGCAUACUUUGUCAUAACGGAGCCUCCGUCCGGGUCUCCUGGCCCAGAAUUAGAAUUCUCCGUAGAACAAAGUCACCCCCAGUUACUGGAGGAGCUGGAUGCUUCUCCCACAGAGCUAACUGCUGAGGAAGCAGCUGAGCCCCCCCAGACCCCCCCAGAUAAAACCAGCAGUUGGCUUCCUGGAGACGCGGUGACGGUGAUGCCCAGCGCUACAGUCCCUGAGGCUGGGACCGUCACUCCGGCUGCCAGUGAACUCAGGUCGGAAGGUGCUGCCCAGGGGCCCCAUCCUACGUCUGCAUCUGUGAAUUAUGGGGUGGAGGCCCACGUGGUGCCUCAGCCCAGCCCACACACUUCUGAGGGCUCCACGGUUCCUCCUCCACGGGAUACACAGGCUUCCGACUCAAGAGAGGGCGCCACAUCAGCAUCAGAACAACACCCACCGGCAGGAACCCCUCAUGCCAAUACCCAAGCAGCAGGAAGCCCCGCGGCAGGAAACACAGAUGAGCUCGCGACGCCUCCAUUUCCUCUUCUGGAAACUUCUAACGAAACUGAUUUCCUGAUUGGCAUUCAUGAAGAGUCAGUGGAAGGCACAGCGGUCUAUUUACCAGGAACGGAUCGGUGCAAGACAAACCCGUGCCUCCAUGGGGGCACCUGCUACCCGACCGAAACUUCCUACGUGUGCACCUGUGUGCCGGGAUACAGCGGAGACCAGUGUGAACUCGAUUUUGAUGAGUGUCACUCUAACCCCUGUCGGAACGGAGCCACGUGCGUGGAUGGUUUUAAUACAUUCAGAUGCCUCUGUCUCCCAAGCUACGUCGGGGUACUUUGCGAACAAGACACUGAGACCUGUGACUACGGCUGGCACAAGUUCCAAGGGCAGUGCUACAAAUACUUUGCCCACCGGCGCACGUGGGACGCGGCUGAGCGGGAGUGCCGUCUGCAGGGCGCCCAUCUCACCAGCAUCCUGUCUCACGAGGAACAGAUGUUUGUGAAUCGUCUGGGCCACGAUUACCAGUGGAUCGGCCUCAAUGACAAGGUGUUUGAGCACGACUUCCGCUGGACCGACGGCAGCGCUCUGCAAUACGAGAACUGGAGACCCAACCAGCCAGACAGCUUCUUCUCGGCUGGAGAAGACUGCGUGGUGAUCAUCUGGCACGAGAACGGCCAGUGGAAUGAUGUUCCCUGCAACUACCACCUCACCUACACCUGCAAGAAAGGGACAGUUGCUUGCGGCCAACCCCCUGUUGUAGAGAAUGCCAAGACCUUUGGGAAGAUGAAGCCGCGUUACGAAGUCAACUCCCUGAUCAGAUACCACUGCAAAGAUGGUUUCAUUCAGCGCCACCUUCCAACCAUCCGGUGCCUAGGGAACGGAAGAUGGGCUAUGCCUAAAAUUACCUGCCUGAACCCAUCUGCCUACCAAAGGACUUACUCUAAGAAUUACUUUAAAAAUUCCUCAUCAGCAAAGGACAAUUCAGUAAACACAUCAAAACACGAUCACCGUUGGAGCCGGAGGUGGCAGGAGUCGAGGCGCUGAUCCCUAACAUGGCAAACGUGUUUUUUCAUCAUUUCAGCCAAAGCCCUAACUCCCUGUGCCUUUCCCAUCCCCUCGGGAAGUGUUACCCGUUUGUUCGGACUACCAUCCAGUCAUUUUGGGUCGCGUGCUCCCGAAGCAUUUUCAAUGAAAGUAUUGGCAUUCAGAAAGCAAGCAAGCAAAAUGAAAGAACACGAGGGCGUGCAGUAGCCAUUUCCAGCCUAUCUCGUUUCCUGUUUUCUAGUUGCCUCUGGUGCAGAGCAUUUCAUAAUGUAUACCAGCCUACUGUCCUAUUUAAAAAGCUCAGUUUCAGCACCCAUGGCCAUGUAAAUAAGAUGAUUUAAUGUUGAUUUUAAUCCUGUAUAUAAAAUGAAAAAGUCACACUGAGUUCAGGCAUAUUUAAUGAUGAUUAUGGAACCGUAGAGGUCUUUAAUCAUUGGUUUGGCUGCUUUUAUGUAGUUGUUUAGGCUGGAAAUGGUUUCCUUUGCCCUUGGACUGUCAGCAAGACGCAAGACGGCUUUUUCUGGACAACCAGCAAACACCAAGUCUCGCGGGUUGCGGUGCCCGUCUCAGCCGCAGGUGCCGUGGGCUUCCACGUGGUGCCGAGGCCCGGCUCACGGCUCCUGACGGAUGGGGACUCCACUGUGGAACUCUUUGCUGCAUUCCUUUUUCUUCACUUACAAGAAAGGCCUGAACGGAGGACUUUUCUGUGACCAGGAGCAAUUUUUAGGGGUUCAAGUGCUAAUGAUUAACUCAACCAGGUCUACUUUUUAAUGGCUUUCAUAACGCUAACUCAUAAGGACACAGAUCAUGACAUUUCCAAUGGAUACAGACCUAGGGCUCUGGAGGGCGGGGGGGAUUGUGAAAACCACACCACACAUGCAAAAAAAAAAAAAAAAAAGAAAGAAAUUUUGUAUAUAUAACCAUUUUAAUCUUUUAUAAAUUUUGAAUGUUCAUGUAUGGAUGCUGCAGCUGUGAGGCAUACCUAAAUAAAUGAAGUAAGCCAUACUGAUUUAAUUUAUUGGAUGUUCUUUGCCCCAAGACCUAAAAUGGCCAUAGUAUGCUAGUUCUUUUUCACUGGUAGCUUUUAUACUUCCCUCACGCCGUUUGGAACCACAUAAUAUAGGUACUUUGUCCCGGAUUGAACAAUGUGAUGGAUAGACUGCAUCCAGUGUUUAUUAUGGAAAGAGUGGAAAAGUGCGUAGCUUUCAGCAAAUGCUGUUUGUCCACUUGCUGCAAAGAGCGGCUCUGUAGAAGUAGUGUAGGCGCCUCCCCCUUAGCUGGAGUGUAUAUGUUGACAUUUCUCCCUGUUUCUUCACGCCCUGUUUUCUCCCUUUUGUUUGAAUAAAGUGACUCCUGAAGACGACUUUGAAUCAUUAUCCUCUUACUUUAAUGUUGAAAAAAACAAACCUGUGAUGCAAAGAAGGCAUUCGGGACUCUUUCCCUAACGUCAGUUAGAGCAACUUUGAGAAGACUAGACAACACAUGCGAUGCGAGUGGAGAAAGAGCAGACAGAGGUUGGCUCAACACUGAUGCUCUUUUGUACAUCCUCCCUUGGCGUUUAGAAGGAGUGACUUUGCUGCAAUCAUUCACAGUGUCUUGAAGCUGGGUCCCCCUGCUGGCUGCAUUAAGCGUACCCCACCUUUGGGUGCUGUGCAGCAGAGAACAACCCUGCGCUGACCGUUAGAUUUUGCAUUUUCCUCUUUCAUUACAAUGCACAUUACACUUUCCUGUAUUUAUAUGAUAACAUGUAUAGUGUGAAAUGUGAAUGCCCUUUUUUUUGUGACUGAAAAAUCUAAAAUCUUUGUAACUUUUUAUAUCUGCAUUUGUUUCACCAAAGAAACCUAAAAUCCUUCUUUCACUA